AGAGAUGGACUGUGAGGAAGGGCUUGGCAACAUCGCCCAGAAACAGAAGAUCUCAUUCCUGGAGAAUAACUUGGAGCAGCUCACAAAAGUCCACAAGCAGGCCAAAGAGCUGCAGACUCUUCACAACCUCCGCAAACUCUUCGUUCUGGACCUCACCACACGGGUUAAGAAGAGUGCAGAGAUGGACUGUGAGGAAGGGCUUGGCAACAUCGCCCAGAAACAGAAGAUCUCAUUCCUGGAGAAUAACUUGGAGCAGCUCACAAAAGUCCACAAGCAGGCCAAAGAGCUGCAGACUCUUCACAACCUCCGCAAACUCUUCGUUCUGGACCUCACCACACGGGUUAAGAAGAGUGCAGAGAUGGACUGUGAGGAAGGGCUUGGCAACAUCGCCCAGAAACAGAAGAUCUCAUUCCUGGAGAAUAACUUGGAGCAGCUCACAAAAGUCCACAAGCAGGCCAAAGAGCUGCAGACUCUUCACAACCUCCGCAAACUCUUCGUUCUGGACCUCACCACACGGGUUAAGAAGAGUGCAGAGAUGGACUGUGAGGAAGGGCUUGGCAACAUCGCCCAGAAACAGAAGAUCUCAUUCCUGGAGAAUAACUUGGAGCAGCUCACAAAAGUCCACAAGCAGGGUCCGAGUUGCAACAUGGCCCGAGUUUCAUACCUACCCCACAAUCAACCUUCCCUGGGCAGUACCGGAAGAAGCUGCUCUGACUGGAGAAGUGACUCCACCAGCUGCUCGUAUUCACACAACAGCAGUGGAUGGAAAUGUUUGUUUCUCCAUCGUGAUGAAGCUGUUUGUGAAUUACCUGGAGGCCUCUGUCCUGGUCUAAACAAUUCCUUCAUUGUUCAAAGAUUCUCUGAUCGUGGACGAAGUGGAGACACCUGCAGGAAAUACAGAGAGAAACAUACAAAGCACAAUGAUCAAUACACUGUGACCUGUUCAUCAACAGUUUAACCAAGAAAACACAGAAAAGUAUUCAACAUUACAGCUGAACCAGAACAUUUUCAAAACAUAAGAGAACUGUCUCAGAAAAUGAGCUGCCACAUAUGACAAGAAAAAGCAUUAAAUAUUUGAGAACCAAUCACAAU